AUGACACAGCCAGGGCAAGUUCUGCACGGUAGCUUCAAUGCGGAUACUUCACAAUCAACGGUACCUAAAGGCUCUAUUGGUAACGCUACAAAUGUUCAAACAACACAGGUCUUGAGUAGAAAUUCUUGUUCGGGUGGCGAUUCAACAACUACGUCCUCUUCCGGACUCUCCUCACAUAACACGCAACUUGAUACGUCGUCAACCGAUGCAAACGUCCCGGAAUUAGAAAAUAAAAUUAAGUUAACCCUACUACUAGUUUCAGGCAGUCGACACGCUUUCUUAUUUGAGCCCGGAGACACAGUCACCAAGGUGAAAAAUACCGUUUUUAACGAGUGGCCAAGGGAUUGGGUCGAAGAAGCCCCUGCGAAGGCCUCAUGUCUAAGAAUUGUGUAUCGGGGGCGAUUUUUAGAUGACGAUAGCACACUUGAAUGUAAGGCGUGUAACUAG